AUGCAUCAGGCACAAGUCCAAGUCAAUCAAAAGAACCAAGAUAUUAGAAGGUUAAAUACCGGUAUAACCCAAGCUGAAGGUGAUUAUAGAAUAUUACUUUUGGCCUAUCAUAAUGAAAAGAAUGAACGUAGGCACUGGUUCUAUUCAUAUAAAGAUAAACAUAGGCGAGUUGGUACAUUACUACGUGAGAAAUUCGCCACUCAAUUAUUAUUGCGCAAUUAUAGCCAUCGAUUACAACAAUCUCAGAAUUAUGCUAGAGCCCUGCGACAAGAGUUAGAUACAUGCCGGGAUGAUUUACUUCUUAGCGAUAUUCAGCUUGAUACUAAAUGGGGAAUGGUAGGAUACGGACCCCCAAUUUAUAGAGGUAAUCCUGGAGAAGAUCCGGAAGAUUUUCUUAGAGAUUUUCAAAGAUAUGUGGUAGCUUCUCGAAUGAAUGUGGCACCUGGUGCGGGUGGUGUGGCCGGGAGAGCAGAAGCAGAUGGCUUAUUUGAAUCAUGUCUUGAAGGUCCGGCAUUAAAUUGGUUUUUAACUAAUAUCAAAGGUAAGAAUUGGAAAUGCAAUAAUAUUUCUGAUAACUUAGGAGUAGCUACUAUAACUGAAAUUCGUACACUCGCUGCCGGAAAUGGAGGUAAUCAGAUAGGUGGUUUAAAUACUGCUGGUGAAUUUCAUAAUGAGGCAGGUGCAGAAAUUGGUCGAAUUGCAGAAGCAGAUGGCUUAUUCGAAUCAUGUCUUGAAGGUCCAGCAUUAAAUUGGUAUGAAACUAAUAUCAAAGGCAAGAAUUGGAAAUGCAAUAAUAUUUCUGAUAACUUAGGAGUAGCUACUAUAACUGCAAUUCGUACACUCGGUGCUGGAAAUGGAGGUAAUCAGAUAGGUGGUUUAAAUACUGCUGGCGAAUUUCGUAAUGAGGCGAGUGCAGAAAUUGGUCGAAUUGGUGCAGGAAUAGCAACUGGGGCUAAUCUAAUUCCAAAUGGAACAUGGAAUGAGGAUUGGUCUAUAGCAGGUGGAAUGCCAGUAAAUGAUGCACCAGUGGCACCAAAUGGUGGUGGAGGAUUUCCUAAUGUUACAAUUGCACCUGUGGAGGCGCAAAAACAAAUGGCCAUCUUUGGUCAGCUUAUGCAAGGAUCUAUGCAAGUGGAAGAAUUUAGUAAUAAAAUAAAAAAGCUUGGUAAACUUGCUGGAAUGUCUCCCCAGCAACAAAGGGAGCAAUUUAUUCGUGGGUUAUCUCCUAUGAAUCAAUAUAAUUUACGUAUGAUGGCUAAAUUUCAUGAUUCUCAGGACAACAUUACAACAGCAUUGGCAGAGGCGGAAAAAUAUACAUUAGCCCAAGAGAGCACGCCAUCUUCUUUUCCAGUAUUUCCAACACCCAAUUCUCGUGAAAAAAAUAAACACUUGAGCAAUAUGGCUAUGACUAGAAAUGAAGUCGAAAACCUGAUAAAUUCCAGGAUGACCCCCGUGAACCCUUCUAAGUCUCAGGAGGUGCAAACUAAUGAUAACUCAGUUUCGCGAGAUGAUUUCAAAAAACUUUAUGAUAUAGUGCUGGGUUUGAAGGAAACAAUGGCUGGAGCAAAGCGGACCUUAUCGAAAAAACCCGGUCCUGGGAAACAAAAAGCAGAUGAAAUUGCCAUGAAUAAAUUUUUAGAUGAAGCUAUAGAUAAUACAAGUCUACCAGGAGAAGAUUAUGACUAUGACCCUAUUGAAGAUUUGAGAUUACAAUUCGAGCAGUUGGGAAUCAAUCAGGCAAAAAUGGCUCGAAUAAUACAUGCAGUUUUAAAAUCAUCCCAAUACAAAUGUUCAAAGUGUGGUAAAGCAGGCCAUAAUUCUCGCAACUGUUCUAAAAAGAAGAGCAAGUCCAGACGUUCUAACAAAAGCAUAUCCAAGAAAAAAGUAAAGCAGAAGGGUAAAUCAUCCUCUAAGAAAAUACCUAAAUCUCGUAAGACUAAACAGAAAGGUGUUGCCACUUCUAGUAAGGCCCAAAAUAAAUCGACUACCCUUGAGGAGAAUAUUCGUCGAAUUAUGUUAGAUAUGCUUGAAAAAGUCUUACUCCCGCAUCAGUUAGAGAAACUAAAACCUGAAAACAAAAAUUUAGCUAUUCCAGAUUUUCAGAAGGGUAAAUCAUCCUCUAAGAAAAUACCUAAAUCUCGUAAGACUAAACAGAAAGGUGUUGCCACUUCUAUUAGAGAAACUAAAACCUGA